UCACCAACUGUUCCUGCAUAAUGAAGGUUAUAUACAGGAAAAUUUGAGGACAUUUGUUUGUAAAUCCAAGACCAGAGAUGAAUCCUAUCCACAUUAAAAUUCAGACCAAGGGGAAAAUGUAAUCAGGAUGAGCCAUCAUUAAUGCAGUGAGAUAAAUAACAUACUGCAUGGAGUUCUAAAUGCAUAUUGGCCACCAGCCAUGAAGAUCAGAAAUAUUGGUACAUUCCAAGAUGCCUUAAAUUUGCUAGUGUCAUUUUUUACAGCCUGUGAUUGUAGCUGGCAGAUUCUAUAACAACAGAGAUGGGUCACUUGCAGCCACAUAAGCACAAAGCAUUGCAGGUCCCACUGAAGCUAAGACACAUUUUUGUAUCUCUGAUGGCCUCUGCACAAGACAGCAGGUAUGGGCAGAAAGACACAUCAGACCAGAACUUUGAUUACAUGUUCAAACUGCUUAUCAUUGGCAACAGCAGCGUUGGGAAGACUUCAUUUUUGUUCCGUUAUGCCGACGAUUCUUUUACGUCAGCUUUCGUAAGCACCGUUGGAAUUGAUUUCAAAGUGAAAACUGUUUUCAAAAAUGAAAAAAGAAUCAAAUUACAGAUUUGGGACACUGCUGGUCAAGAGAGAUAUAGGACAAUUACUACAGCCUACUAUCGGGGUGCAAUGGGCUUCAUUUUAAUGUAUGACAUCACCAAUGAAGAAUCUUUCAACGCUGUGCAAGACUGGUCAACCCAAAUAAAAACGUACUCUUGGGAUAAUGCCCAGGUUAUUUUGGUCGGCAAUAAAUGCGACAUGGAAGAAGAACGGGUAAUCUCCACUGACAGAGGGAAACAUUUAGCAGAACAGCUUGGUUUUGAGUUCUUUGAAACAAGUGCCAAGGACAACAUCAACGUCAAGCAGACAUUUGAGCGGCUUGUGGAUAUCAUCUGUGAAAAAAUGUCUGAAAGCCUGGAGACAGAUCCUGCCAUUGCUGCUGGAAAACAGAACACAAGACUAAAGGACACCCCUCCUCCACAGCAACCCAACUGUGGUUGUUAAUAGAAUUGUUGUUGACAAAGGCAGCUCCAGUGUGUUCUUUUGCCAAUAGAGUAUUCACUUAGGGUCUAUAUGCCUUGAUUUAUUAUGUCUUACUGAUUCAUUUGGGGGAUAUGUCUUCUUCAGUGUCCACUGCUGGUACAGUAUGUGCAUAGAGGUAUUCUGUGGGAUGGAUUGCAAAUGUCGAAGGAAGGGACUCUAGUUUCUCAGCAUUGUGGCCCCUACACAUAGAUGUCAGCGUUUGUCUUCUCUCUUAAAGUUAUUUUUCUUUCAUAUUGAUCCCUCUCGACUUCAGCUGGUGCUACUGUGACCUCAGGCCCACAUUUUGUCUGGAUUUUUUUCUUCCUUUAUCCACUUUCAGUUAAUGCUGUUUCCUCUUCUAGGGGUGAUGAUCCAGCA